AUGCCCCGGCUGCUUCAUGAGGGUGACGUGCUGAGACUGGAGUUGGUGUCAACAUUGUCUACGAUCUUUUUCCGUGUUCGGCAGAUUACGGGGCAGCACGUCUCAGGGCAGGUGGCAUAUUGGCACCCUUCGCUCGAUCUCAGCCUCCCAGAGCCAGAGAGAGGAGGUGUGGUGAGUUUCAGCGCAGACGGCUCGAUCAGCAACGGAGAGUUGACCCUACAGCCGCGGGAAGCAUCCGACGAGGAUGCGCGCCUCAGCGAUGAGAUCUUGGAAGAGACCUUCCGGGGAGUUGAACCAAAAGGCUGGGGUCGGCAAGUCGUCACUAUGGCCUGGAGUUGGGUGAACAAACACACGCUCUGGACGGGAAAGAUGGUGAAAAGCUCCUGGGGCAGUGCCUCGGACAAGCCGUACGAGGAAAGCUCUAAAGGUGCCAGGUCCCGGUAUGAUGUCAUCAAGCAGCACCGGGAGCAGGUGCAACAGUACCUGCAGCAAGGACUUGACCGGCCACGGCGCUUCUCCUUCAGGUUGCUCCUCGUUCCGAAAGAUGGCAUGUUGCCGCUGACAGGUCAGCUGAUGCACCCGGACUGCGAGAAACUCCGGUGUAGGGCCAAACUUGUACACUACGAGCGGGCGCUGGCAGAGGAGGUGCGCAGCUUUGUGCGGCAGCAGGAGCUGCUGUCUCAGGCUAGCAAACAUGGACUGCAGGCACAAACUGCAUUGCUACAGCUCUGUCAGAGGUUUUUGCCACUUGAGCAUGUCGCAGACAUGCUGGGCAGAUGGCGCAACGAUGCACAGCAAGUGAAGUUUCACCAGGAGUCUCCGCAGCCUGUAAAGAUCUUGCUGUAUGGUGGAACAGGAGAAGGUAAGAGCUCCCUCGUCAGCGCGCUGCUUGACAUGCCAGGCAUUGCGCCAAGCGACUGCUCAGGUACUGCGGUCACGUCUUGCACCAUGAUCUACAGCUACCGGGAGUACGCCAGGCAGCCCCAGCAGAAACCGCGGUCGGAGCAUCCGGAAGGAUGGGCCGAGUGGCUGGCGCAAGGGACUUCAGACUCCAGGCCCGCCAACUCGAAGAUAUCGGCCAGCAAACGAUUUGGUGCCCGCUUGCACUUCCUCUCACCUGCAGCGUUUCGCCAGCAGCGGCACGACUUGGUUGUUUGCGUGGCAGAGUAUUGGCUGCACGAACGCAAGGAGUGCAAGAUCCCGGCCAAGCUGCCCGCAAACGAAACGCAUGAAGCUUUUUUUGCCACUCAGAGGUUGCAAGAAUGGUACGGUGCCCGCUUUGCAGGGGCGACGCAGGGCUGGCGGAACCAGCAGGAGAUGCUGCAGUACUUUCAAUCUCAGGAUUCGACAGUGAAGGGCUUGCAGCUCUUGUUCGGGACGCAGUCGGACCAGAUCGGGAAAAUGUCUCUCAAGCGAGACGAGGAUGGGUCUGCAGUCUAUGUGCUGGAGGAAAACGACAUGCAGUGUUUCUGCGAGCAGCUGCGGGACUGGGUCACUGUGAACUCGGCCAACGGCUGCGCCGCCUUCAUCCGCAACGUCGAAGUCUUUUUGCCGAACGAAAAUCUCCGCGGAGUCCAGCUCAUCGAUGCCGCUGGUUUGGGUGACGAAAACCAGGAGCGACACAAGAUGGCGCAGGCCCUGGUCGCGGCGUGUGACUACGUCUGGGUGCUCGCCAAGGUCUCUCGUGGGCUUAGCAACCAGAUUGCCAAGAAGAUGCUUCGAGGCCUUUCUCGGAGGGUGCUCCUCAACAAGAACAGCGAAGGAGAGAUCACCUUCGUGCUUACCCACAGCGACGUCUUGAAUGAGUCGGAGAUUGCUAAAAACGGCAAUUUCAGUUCGAGGCUCGACUUGGCCUUGAAGCGAGCUCAGGACGUCCGAUGGAAGUUCGUCCAAGAUAUGGAGCAGGACCUGUGGCAGACCGAAGCUGAAGGGGCACAGCAGCAGACUCAGCAGUCAGCCUUCGGCUGCUUUUGUGUAUCGGCCACCGAUUACCUACGCGUGUCAGGUCUGGAUGUGCACCAGCCACUUACUUUCAACACGACCCACCAGACGCAGAUACCCGAUCUGCGCAAGCAAAUGCACAUGCAGGUUUUGAAACGCCAAAUCGACAGUGUCAGCAACCCGCUCAACCUCCUGUGCGCCACCAUGAAGACCAUCGUGGCCCAUCUGCAAGACCCAGGAACGCACGAAGAGCACAGGCGCCAGAAGUGCGAGGAGAUCACUGCCCGGCACGUGCGCACUUUCCAGACUAGGAUUCAAGAUAUUCUGUCGUCAUGGGAGCAGCUGGCGAUGAACAAUCUCCAACGUUCACUUGCAGCCAAAGUUCAAGCAGGAGCGGCCUCCGGCAAGGCUCAAGCCGAAAGCACCUCCAACGAAUGGGCGGUCCACUCGAACUACCACCAUAUGACCUACAAGGGCAUGGUUCGUCGAGACUGCGAGUGGUCACAUCCAACGAAGGGAAAUCUGGACUGGCCAGAGGAGCUAGCCGCACCUGUGUACGACAAGUGGCACGGCCCGACUUGGUUCGGAAAGGACUGGCGUCAGCUCUUUGGGCAGGUGCUCCCUGGACAGGUGGCCCACGUGAAAAAGAGGCUGCGCGAGGCCGCGGAACACUUGCACCGAGAUCUUCGCCACGAGGUCUUGAUGGCGGGCUGCCGCGGGAAGGAUGAGCUGGACGCCUUGCAGGGUGCUCUGAACUUUGACCACCUGGCAGACAUGCGCCUAGAUGAUGUUGUGGCAAGAGUCAGGCACCAGGGCGCGGACGUCACAGGGGCGGUGCAGGACCAG